AUGUUACGUGAGUUAAUUUUUAUCUCUGCGAUUGUUUUUGUGGUUGCUUUACCACAAGGCCCUCUAAAAUUACCUUGGCCCCUUUCUGGACCUUGGUCACUUCCUGGACCAUGGACACCUGGUCAACGACCUGGACCUUGGUUACCUGGUCAACGACCUGGAUCGUGGACACCUGGUCAACGACCUGGACCUGGUCAACGACCUCCAGGAUUACCUGGAUUGGAUCCAGGAUCCCAAGAACAGCCUCCAAGGCCACCUAGACCUGAUCAACCACUUCCAGAAUCAAAUAAUCAAACAGACUCAUCACAAAACUACAAUACAUCAGUUCCAACCAAUUCAUCAUCUGAAUGGUGGAGAGAUUCAUUUAUUUACCAAAUUUACCCGCGAAGUUUUAAAGAUAGCAAUGGAGACGGUGUCGGUGACCUUAAAGGAAUCCUUGAAAAAAUCGACCAUUUUGUUGACAUGAAUGUCAGCGCCUUCUGGCUCUCACCCAUCUUCCAAUCACCAAUGGUAGACUUCGGUUAUGAUAUCUCCAAUUUUACUGCAAUAGAUCCUAUUUUUGGGACUAUUGAAGAUUUCAACAAUCUAACGGAAGCGGCGCACAAACGUGGACUCAAAGUGAUCCUUGACUGGGUGCCCAAUCAUUCAUCGGACGACCAUCCCUGGUUCAACAAAUCUGUUCACCGCAUCAAGCCCUAUGACGAUUAUUACAUCUGGAAAGACGCUAAAAUAGUAAAUGGAACCCGCCAGCCUCCCAACAACUGGCUCAGUGUCUUUCUUGGCUCUGCUUGGGAAUGGAAUGACAUCCGUCAGCAGUACUAUCUUCACCAAUUUGCAGUCCGACAGCCAGAUCUUAACUUCCGAAACGCGGAUCUCCGUAAGGAAAUGGAAGAUGCUUUAGUUUACUGGGCCAAGAACGGCGCAGACGGAUUUCGUAUUGACUCAAUGAUUUUCAUGUACGAAGACGACAGGUUCCUAGACGAACCUGUGAUUCCUAACACAGGAAAACCAGCAAAUGAUCCUGCAACCCUAAAACAUAUUUACACCGUAGACCAGCCCGAGACCUACGACCUCUUGAAGAGCUGGCGUCAAAAACUUGAUUCUUUGGGUGGCGAGAAGCUGAUUAUCAUGACUGAGGCCUACACUUCUUUACCACUGACUGUUAAGUAUUACGAGUACGGUUCCAAUGUCCCCUUCAACUUCAUGUUCGUUACUGGACUGAAUAACAAGUCUUCAGCGUUAGAUUUUAAAAGAAGCAUUGACAGUUGGUUAAAUAGCAUUCCUGAGGGUGAUUACAUUGCUAAUUGGGUAGUUGAUAAUCAUGACAAUCCACGUGUGGCCAACAGACUGGGCCCCAAGAGGGCUGAUGAGCUCACGAUGCUUGCUGCAGUUUUACCAGGAGUCGGAGUGGUUUUCAAUGGAGACGAGAUUGGAAUGAUCGGAGCAUACAUUCCCUGGGAGCAGACUGUUGAUCCUCAGGCUUGCAAUGCUGGUCUAGACAAUUACUUGGCCGUAACUCGUGACCCUGAAAGAACUCCCUAUCAGUGGGACAACUCAACAAGCGCCGGAUUUUCUUCUAAUAAUAAAACUUGGCUGCCUGUAAAUCCUAACUACCAGUCGCUGAAUUUAGCAAACCAGAAAGACGAUCCAGAGUCACAUUACGGAAUUUUCAAGAGACUAGUUGCUUUGAAAUCGAAUGAUGUGAUAAAGAAGGGAGACACUGAAGUUCUUCUAGCUACGGAAAAUGUUCUCAGUGUUAUUAGAAGACUACCAAAGCAGAACCCCAUUGUUUUACUAAUCAAUUUCGCUAAUAAGAGAGUUACUUUCGAUGCACAAGCUUGGCUCAAUAUCCCAAGUAAUAUGACCGUCUACGCGCCCAGUGUAGGAUCCAAUACUAAGAUUGGUAUUAAAAUUGGUACAAGUAAAAUUUCUUUACCCGCCGCAGCUUCAGUUGUUCUAACUUAA